AUGUAAAUCAAUUUUAAAAAAAUAAAUAACUUAAUAAAAAUUAUUAUUAUUAGAAAUUCUUAUUAAAAGAAAAAAAUUUAAUAUUAAAAAAAAUAAACAUUAAUAUAUACAAAUAUAAAAUAUGUUCUAAAUAAAUUACAAUGCAAAAAGGUCUAAUAUAUAAAUUCAUAUAAAUAUAUAUAUAAAUAAAUAUAUAUAUAUAUAUAUUAUUAUAUUUAUAUAUUUACAUUUUUAAAUAUUUUAUUUAUAAUUUUUUAAAUAAGUUAAGAUUUUAAAAACAAUAAGUCUCGUGAAACAGUAAAUUAAAAAUUUGUUAUUAAUUUAAAUUAAAAUAUAAAAUAGGUUUAAAGAAGUGUUUUAUUAAAUAGCUAAGUUAUCGGAAGUAAAAUAGCAAAGUUGUAAGAUACAGGAAACUUUUAUGCAAAAAAAAUAUUAUAAGAAACUUAAAGAUUAGAGCUAAUUGAAAAAGAAAUAGAAGAAACAGACAAAAUAAUAUAAGAAAAACGCAGAAUAAUGAUAAUUAAAAAAAAAAAUUAAAAUAAUAGUGACCCUUAUGUUUUAUAAAAAAGAAUUAAAUCAAUGGUUAUGAAAUUAGAUUAUUUAAAGAAAAAGUAUAACGAAUCUUUAGCUACAAAUAAUAAUAUAAAAGAGCAUAUAAAUAAUUUAAGAAGAGAAAAAAAUAUAUUUAAUAAUAUUCAUUCGGAAUUAAAGAUAGAAUUAAAUUUUAAAAAAGAGUAGUUAAAAUAAGUUCUUUUAGAAUCAAAUAUUGCUAAAUAGGAAAUCGAGAAAGGUAAAGAAAAACUUGAAAAAUGCAAAUAGGAAUCUGAAUUUGAAAAGAAAAAUUAUCAAAAAGAAUUUUAAAAUGUCUAUUAACUUUAAGAUAUAAAAUCUAAAGAUAAGCUUUUUUUUGAAAAGACGAUUAUUAAUAAUAAUAAUUGGGAUGAAAUUUAAUAACCAAAUUCAACAGUAAAACUAAAUAAUUUUUUUUUAAAAAUAAUUAUUUUAAACAAAAAAAUUAUAUUUUUAGCUAAAUAAUUGUGGUUAAAAAAAAUAUACUAAAGAAAUUCCUAAAACAAGUGAAGGAAAUCUAUAAGAAAUUGAAGAUAGUAAUAUGCUAAAUUAUUUAGCAUCUAUUGAAAGUAGAACUAAUGACUUACUUUAAUUAUAUAAUGAAGUAUAUUAGUAAAGAAAUCCAGAUGAUGCUAAUUAAAAAU